UGUCUCUCUCUCUUGGCUUUCAUCUCUCCCCCUGUCGCUCCUGCAUUUCGUUGGGUUCUCGCUUAACGCACAAGAGAAAAACAACCAUGUCUCGGCCGGAGCUGCAAGCUCCACCUGAGAUUUUCUACAAUGAAGACGAAGCUCGCAAGUACACCCGCAAUUCCCGAAUCAUGGAAAUUCAGUCGGAGCUCUCCCACCGAGCCCUCGAGCUUCUUGCUCUCCCCGACGAUGGCGUCCCCAGGCUGCUCCUCGACAUUGGUUGUGGGUCGGGGCUCAGUGGAGACACAUUGUCGGAGAGUGGGCAUCAGUGGAUUGGUUUGGAUAUUUCCCAGUCGAUGCUUGAUGUGGCAUUGGAGAAUGAGGUUGAGGGUGACCUUCUGCUAGGGGACAUGGGUCAGGGCUUAGGACUUCGUUCAGGAGUUAUUGAUGGAGCGAUAAGCAUCUCAGCCGUUCAGUGGUUGUGCAAUGCUGAUAAGUCCUCACAUAAUCCACGAUUACGAUUGAAGGCUUUCUUUGGAUCAUUGUACAGAUGCUUAGCAAGGGGUGCAAGAGCAGCGUUUCAACUUUAUCCUGAAAACCUGGACCAGCGCGAGUUGAUUUUGAGUUCUGCUAUGCGUGCUGGAUUUGCAGGGGGUGUUGUUGUUGAUUAUCCCAACAGUUCCAAGAAACGAAAAGAAUACCUUGUCCUCACUUGUGGUCCACCAUCUAUUAGCACUUCUACUCCCAAGGGAAAAGGUGAAGAUGGCGAGGGUUCCUCUAACGAUGAGAGUAGUGAAGAUGAAGAAAAUCAGACAGUUUCAAACUCAGACAGGCACAGGCCGAGGAAAAAGCAGAAGACAAGUAAGAAAGGCAAGGGAAGAGAAUGGAUACUAAAGAAGAAGGACCAAAUGAGAAAAAAAGGAAAUGUUGUUCCCCCAGACACAAAAUACACAGCUCGGAAACGGAAGGCUCGAUUUUGAUCUUGCACGAGGCCUAUAUUGUGUCAUUUAUGAGUGAUGGCCUUAAUGUUUUCUUUACAGUUUAUACAGGCGUCUACGAAGGCAUUACAUUCCCUUUAGUGCUCGAAAAUACUGGCUUUUAAAGCAGUUUUUAUACAGAUCUCGCCGGGCAACGGAUUGAUAUCUCAUUCACUCUUGUAACCUUAACUAGUUUGAGAAAAGAGACUUUAUUCUGUUCCAAGAGGUAUUUGUUUAUUUGUUUGUCCGCUAAACUUGUAAGGAUUAGUCAAUUUCUCCUCGUAAUUUUAAUUCUGGCCAA